UGCAAAGAGAAAGCAAGAUCAGAUAUAUAAGCCAAUGCCCACGAAAAUUUGAUUCCUUUCCCCCAAAAUCACUGCUUUUAGAUUCUAGGGUUUCUUCUCCACCCCCUUCUUCUCUUCUCCAAAUUGGGUCGCAGCCAUGUCGAAGCACAGGGUCACCAUCACCCUCGGUCGCUCUGGUCAGGUUGUGGAGAGAGGAGGAACAUCAGACACUGCCCAAAUGCGUGGGGAUAGAGGUAUGGUUUCGGGAGGUAUACGAUCGAUGGGAGACAGGCUUGGGAGUAAUGCUCAUGGCAAGCGGCAACGAGGAGAUGGAAUAAAAUGGAGAGGGGGUGACGAUACAACAUUACAUGAUUCACGAAUCAGUCGAAAUGACCUCAGAUUGAAACUGUUGCGCAAAAGAUCAUUUAAGAAAAAUGCGGGAGGUAUUGCUGAGCGCAAGCAGAUGGUCCCGCGCCCAAAGCUAUCCAAACCUGCUCAUUCUGCAGUAAGGUAUCAGAUGCCACAUCGUGAGUCAGAAAGAAAUGAGAGUAGUUUCCUGAGAGAAAUUCCUCCCAGGGAAAGUGCAGUUGAUUUGUACCAUGUAAAUUCACAAAGGAACCUCAACCCUUCUCAAAGUAGAGAAGGAUUCCGAGCUAGAUCCCCUGAUUGCUUUCAGAACAUGUCUUACAGGCCAUCACCACAAAGAAACUAUGGUGAGCAACAGUCAGCAUCAUCAUUCAGGGCAGUUGAUGCUACUAGAGCUGGCCAGUUCCUCAGAAAUGGUAUGGUUGGUUCAUCUCAGCCAACAGAUUCCUAUAUUUUCCGAACGAAAUCUAACCCUCAUACUGCCAAGCCAGUUGGACAGCCUGCUCCAACAAAUUACGGCAUGCAAAAAGUCUCUUAUAUGGGGGAAGAACCUCUAAGUGUUGCUAGUUUAUUGCAUAGACUUGGAUUGGGAAAAUAUGCUAUUAUUUUCCAGGCUGAAGAAGUAGACAUGAGUGCUUUGAAGCAGAUGGGGGAUAAGGACCUUAAAGAGCUGGGUAUACCAAUGGGGCCAAGGAAAAAGAUUCUCCUUGCACUUCUGGCCCGUGGUAAACGACCACCGGCACCGUAAUUCUUACUCUGAAGCUGCAUUGUAAGCAGCAUAUCUCUUGUUUGUACCUCUUACAUGUUGUAUCAGAGUUGUUGAAUUUGAAGUUGAGGUUUGAGUAGGGUUGUUCACUUGAUUAAUUCUCCCCAUAGGUCUUGUUAAUUUGAACAAGUUUGAUAUACCAUUUGGUUCACAUGUAGAAGAGCAAUCGUAUGUACCUACAUCGUAGUGUUCAACAUGCUAAUCCGUCACUUUUGUAUA